GCUGGCUUGACUGCAGAGUGCAGUUCAUCGGUGCGAUUCUGGUUUGUUCGUUGUUUGCCGCAUUGCCGUCGCGCUGCCGUCGACCGAAAUAAUAAAACAAAAUAUAUAUGCAAAAUAUCAAAAGUGCGAUUUUCAUUUUUUUUUAAAUAAAAUAUGAUUGUGCAUCUGUGUAUCUAAAUGUCUCGAGAACGGAUUCCACUGGACGGAUAAUAGGAUUGCACCGGUUUUUGGUUGUCUGCACAUUCAUAUGAAUAAUUGUAAUCGAGACAACAUGGCUGAUAUAAUGGUGCAUUCGGCUGAUAAUUCUCCUCGUCGAGAAGUUUACCGAUGCGGCAUGUUAUCACCAGUACUCGGACCACGUAGUAGUUUUCGUAUGAACAGCGAGCUUAAGCACAGUCGUAGUGAUGAUUUGAUUUUGCAAGGUGCUCCAUAUACUCCAGCUGACAUGCAACAUGGCAUAAGCGAUGCCGCACUACAGAUUCAAAAGGACGCCUGUGUUGUAUACGAUGACGAUGUUAGCGAUCACAGGAUGUCAGUCGCCAAUUAUGAAAGUCCUAUUGUUACUCAAGACUUAAAUCCAGUACCACUGUUAAAACUUACUGGUGACUUUACACCAGAAAGCUCAAAUAAAAGAUGCAGCGUUGUAGAACGCGUUGAUCCAGAAGACAGCAUCGGUGAUAUAAUAUCUCAAAACGAUUUCUAUAGAUUUGUAUUGUUCAAACGACACUACGAGAAGUACCUGGACAUAUCGAGGAAAUACGAAGAAGCUCGGAGCUUGGCUUACUAUCUGGAGGAAAAAUAUCACGAAAUCAAGGCGGAACGUGAUAGUUCGAUCGACACUCAUCACGAGUUGGAAAAACAACUGGUGACCAGAGAUUUGGAGCUGCACGAGAAGGAAGAAGAGCUGUUCCUGCAGCUGGAAAAGGUGAUCAGGCUGGAAGAGGACUGCGAGAAAUUGCGGACGGAAAAGGACAAGAUGGUCAAGUGGAUGGACCGUCUGGAGAGGGAGAAAAACGAGGCGUACAAACAGCUGCGACUGCAAGCCGAGUCGUCCGAGGUGACCCGCCGCAACUUAGAGAGGGCCCGCAUGGACGCUUACAGGCAGUUUUCCGAAAUAGCCGCCGAGAAGGAUACCCUUGAGAAAGAAAAUUCCAGACUGAAGGAAGUGUUGGAGGACUUGGGCAGAAAGGCCGACUUGUAUCACACCAACAGCAGGCAAGCCAGCCAAAAAGCUAAACGCGUGGAGCUCGAGGUGAACGAACUGAAGUUAAUGGCCAAGCAAUCGGCCACGUUGAACAGUCAGCUGCAAAAGGGCAUGAAACACUUGGCCACGUGCAGACGUAAGAAGUGCUCGGUUUGUUCCUACACCAGAAGCACGUUCGGCGGGUACACCACAAACGGUGACAAGAGUUCCAAGCUGAUUGGUAGUUGUUUUCCGCUGGACGAGUUCCGCCGUUCGGCCUCUCGCAUGUCCACGUCGGACAUAGAACUAGAGUGUGCCAAGCUCGCCGAACGCUUGUCGGCUUGUUCUUUUCCGCAUACACCACCGACAACACCGGAGAGGUCUAUAGCGAGCGGUUCCUUGUCGCGCUUCGUCUCCUAUAUCGACGAUGCAUUCUCUUCGGCUAGUGAAGACGAAGAAACGGGCGACGAUGUCAAGUGCAUUAGCGACCGCCGUCAGUUCUCGUUGGACUCUGGCAUCUCGUCCGCUUCGGCCACUCCGACGGACCCCAACAAAUUGCCCAGCGUCGAGAGAGGAGCGUUCAACCGUUCGAUCAAGUGGACUUCGUCGUUUAGGAAAAUAAUCAGGCGCGUUUCAUCAAAAAAACCAAACUCAAACGAAUCAUAAAGUGAUCAAAAUGUAGUAGUAGUUAUUAUUAUUUUAUUAUAUUUGUUUUGUUAUUAUUAAUUUUUUUUAUAUACGUAAGUUUUUUUAGAGUUACUAUUGUGUCGAGAAUCUCAUAUAAAGAUUUUGCACGCCAAAGGUACUUAAUGUUGUUAUAAGAUUUCUUGUAUGUUAAAGUCGUGUCUACACUAGGACGGUUGUGCUGUUUUGCUUAACAAAGAAUUUAGGUGCUAAAGUCAGGAUAGAAGAAUUUUGAAUAAGUAUUUUCAAAACCAUAACUUGCGUUGCGUUUAUAUACAUGUAUUUAAUCAUUUUAUUCGAGAUAUUGCAGUAUUAAUAGGUUUUAAUUUGUUAUUUUACAUUUUAAAUUGUUAAUUCCUAUAAACAUUCCUAAUAAUGCUUCCUAUAUACAUAUAAAUAUUGAUGAAUUCUUCGGUUUUUAAUCUUAAAGUACUACGCUUGUUAGCUGUUGCAAAUAUUAUAUUUCUUUUUUUAUUUUAUUUUACAUCUCUUUUGAUAAUAAUUCAAAUAUUUAUACUGUUAGAUGUAAUCGAGUUACAAAGUAUGUUUAAUUUGAAAAGGAAAGACACUAGAUUUUAAAAAUUAACAUAUUAUUCUCUACGCGAUUAUAAUUAUUGAGAUUUAAUUAUUUUUUAAUGACCUUAAAGUAUUUUCCGUAGGCGUUUUUAAUUUUAAACGUUAACAGAGUUUUGUUUAGAAGCUAAUGUUUGUUGUUUUUAGUAAACUGUUGUUGUGUACAUGUUAGCUAUUAUUAAGAAAUUAAUACUCGCAUAAAAAUAAUAUUAUUAUAUUAUGUACUAUGUUCACUGUAUAAUUAUUUCUAAAUAUUAAUAAAAUGUAUUCACAGCGAUCAAAAUUGUAACUAUUAAUUAAAUCCCAAACCCAGAUUUGUUCAAAUAGCAUUUUAAAGAAUUUAGAGUUUAAGAAUAUCGUGUCCAGCUCUGAUUGAAUGUUGUGUUGCUUGUCACGCUUGAUAAUUAUUGGUCGAUUAUCUAAAUGGGUUUGUUAUGAAGACAUCAAAUUUAAUGUUGUUGAUUUCAAAUAUUAUGUUCUUAGAGCUACUAGUAGAAUCUGAUCAUUGUCUCUUAUUAGUACAUAGAAAAAAAAUCGUAAUAAAUAUUUUUU